AUGACUGCAGUGAUUGCAGCUGACCGCUACGACUGCGUUUGCCGACCACAUCGCCGGUUCUUCACGUACAGACGAGGCAAGAUAACAGCCGGGGCAGUGCUGGUAUUUUCACUCCUCAUCAACAUUCCAGCUUUUAUCCCUAGAACCGACAACCUUACAUUGACGACUGUAGAACAAGCUUUCCAAGCAUUUUGCUUCAUCACGGCCAUGGUGAUGAUCACGAUAUGUUAUGGAAGGGUUUACCUAACCAUCAAGAAACACGUCAAAGUCGAUGCUGGAGCCAAAAGUGGGGAUCGCUUCUCUUCGAGGGUAGGUGACGAAUGCUCGACAAAGCUAUCCACUGCUGCGUUCACAACCGUCCAUCCAAAGACCCAUUUGAAUGCAGUUUCUUCGGUGUCGGCAUCUGUCAGCAAACCAUGCUCGAGCCAAAAAGCUGAUGCCGGCAUGGCGCAGGUAGAGGAAGCCUCGAGCCAUGAUGCUGGUGUUGACGAGCCAUCCCUUGACGAAAGCAAGAAGCCACAUUUUGGUCGACCGUCAUCAGCAAGAAUGACCACACGUACCGGUACAUCAAAGAACACAGACUCUCUCAUCGUGAUCGGGAACGGCAUUCUAAGUCAAAUCCUCGGUGAUGCUGGACGCGCAGUACCAAAGGCUGAUGCUGCUGUCUUUCAGCGUAAGACAACCAGAAUGCUCUUCAUCACCAGUGUGGUGUUUCUACUGACGUGGUUGCCCUACUGGGUGAUGGUUAGCGGGCAAUUUGCCUCCUACGCUAAUCCAGUGUACUAUAGAAUAAUGGAGAAACUCUACAUUACACUUUACAUCAACAAUGCUGUUAAUCCACUAAUUUACGGACUGGCAAACAGGCGGUUUAGGAAAGACUGCAAGUUAGUUCUCAAGAGGAUCAAGGGCUGUUAA